AUGGCGGCCUUUGGAAGGUUACAAGCUGCUCUGGCAGCCGCUACAAACGAGGUAACUGUCGCAGCAGCCAAUAUAAAUUUCGACUUCACACUGGUCAAAUACGAGGCCCCCAAGGAGUUUCGCCCUAUCGAAGGGUACCUCACAACAACCAGGAAGCAAGAUGCAGAAACUGGAAAAUCGCACGUCGUAGCUCGCCGGCUAGGCGCACUCUUUAGCGGAAUUUGCCCGGACUCACCUAAUCUCAUCCGCGCAUAUGGUGCCAGGGUCUCGGAAAUCUCAAAGACAGCAACUCAGAAAGAAUCUCAGGAAUAUUCCAAGUCCAUUUUUGCUUCCUACGUCGGGGUUGAUGCAACUUCUAUCUGGGCAGCUGCUACAUCCUCGACAACAGCCAUUCACGUCCACCUGCUGGCUUGCAUGCUAGCAGAGCUUUGGGACGCAUCUGAGGCUACUUCAAUAUGGGCGGAGCUUGUUGAAGAGCGACGAAAAGACAUUGCUCACCGCCUCGAGCAGGGAGAAGCAUUGCACUUUGGUCUCGCAUCAGCUGCGGCGCAACAAGAGAUCACGAGAGACCAGCUUGCAUCUUGGGAUGCCAGCGCUCGGGCCUGGAUCCAGACAGGAAAGUCUGUGAUGAGCAAGAAUGACUCUCAGCUGAGACUCAUUCUAAAGAACGUCUACUUUGCCAUCAAUCCCAGUGAAGCUCCAUUUGUCAGUGUCGUUGACGCCUGGAAGCUGGCGAUUGAGACUACGGAAAAGCUGAUCCUGGGGAUACCUCAAGAAGCGCAAAAUGGAGCCGCCAUUCUUGGUCUCUCGGCUUGGCACAUCUACCCUGAUAUCCAUAUUUAUGGAAAUAAGAAUAUCAAAGUCACUAUGAACGAUGAGCUGGUUAGGGCUGGAGGUAUACUCUCUUUAGCGUCAUGCCCUUCGCAGCGGACCGAGUCACGGGGAGUCUAUUGGUCUCUUUGUUUGAGCCAUCUGACAUUCUAUGGCCCUCCUGUUAAGCGAAAUCAGUCGUUAGAAAAGGAACAUCGUCGGAUUCCAUUUGACCAUCUGCUUCAUGCGACUGUGGGUGCUAUAUUGAGUCGGUGGAGAGUUCAUUCCAGUGAUCUGGUCGAUGGGAUCAACAUAUUGAUCGCCAUUCUCAAAAUCAUAAACGUCGCAAACCAGAGUCUCUACCCGAUAAUGUCCCUGUUUAGCAAUGCUGCCAAACAGUGCUUGGAUGACGAGCAAGCAUGGAGCUACAUGUUAUAUGGAAAACGUCGAUCUGGAUUCAUCAAGAACCCGGAUUUAGAGGUAACAGGAGCCACUAAACCAUUCUUUGGACUGUCCGAUAUUACAUUACUUCUUUCUUGCAUGGCCAAGUCAGAAGACAGAAUAUCCCUACUACAACGCCAGGCGAAUAGGGUCGAUUUGUCAGAGCAAGAGGUGAUCAUAUUUGAUCUACCUUCUCUCACAGCGCACGAGGUUGAAUCGGGGCACACUCACUCCUUCAACACAAGACCAAAGCGCCGCAAAACGACCGCAAAGAAAAUGGAAUACGACAUCAUUGGCACACAGCUCUUUCGAGGAAAUGGAAAGAAUGUUUCAGUUUUCGACUUCUGGAUUGGCGACUCCUCGUCCACUGCGAUCUACAAAAAGCAGGUUAAGAAUGCGCUUCAGACCGACCCUCCCACUACAACUUUUGAAGAUCUGAAAUGGUGUUUCAAUAAUUCUUUGAUUUCUUCAAAUACAUUUCUAAAGCUUGUCCACAAGCAAGACACGAUAAUGAACACUUUAAUUUGUCUAUAUUACGCUUACGAGUUGCUCAAAACUCUUCCGCACUUACUCGUCCGGAUACAAUGCCUUGAAGCAUCUUUGCUUUAUGCACAAUGGACAAAGCCUGGUCAUCUUUAUUACCCGCAUCUUUCAGUCUCUUCAUUCGAGAACUUUUACCUUGAAACCGUCCCGAAAUAUGCCGGCCUUAUACAGUUCCAGAUCUUAGCCCAUCUGAUUGGUGGGUAUGAUAUACACCACAGUGCCAUUCCCUCACAUAUCAUCGGUCUCUCUUUUCAAGAUUCAAUCAUAGUCCCUGCGUCGCUUGUACAUGAUCCUGGAGAAAAGGUGCCACAUUUAAUAAGAAUUCUCGGUAAUAUUGGCCGUCCGGGGCUGACGCUGUUAAUCGCGCCGGCAAACCCUAUGCUCGCCCCUUUGGAUGAAGGCACCUGGAGAAUCUCAAAUCUGAACCGCUUCAACGGCAAGACAGAGGAUAUGCUCAGCACCACCUCAUUGCACCUCUCAUUCACUGAUUGGAGCCAGCCUUUGAAUUCAGGAGGGGUAUCUGGCAGCCGCGAUGCUGUCAUCAGCAUCAAAGACUCGGGUCAGUGGGUAGGAGAUGUCGAUAUCUUGAAGGCACUACAAAGUGACAUGAUCCACCUGGCACGGCUAGAUCCUUUCUGCUCUCAUGCGCGCGGUGCUCUGCCACAAAAUCACAUGCAUUCGAUCGAGUGCUGGAAUGAAUUGAGAGAUUGCCCUGAGGAACAGUCAGUCAUUCGAGCGAGUGGCAACUGGGUAGCUCGCCUCGCAGCAGUGUCAUAUCUCGCCCAAAAGAUGGAUACAAAGGACAUGAGAUCCUCAAGGAUCUUCAUCUGCCCUGAUAAUGUUUGCUGGGCCUGCCGAGAAGCAGAGAGUAACAUGGAUGAUAUUUGUAUUUAUUAG